AUGACAGCGACAAGCUCAUACACCUCCCACAACUUUCCAGAUGAGUUCUCCUUGGUCACAGCCUUCUCAAGCGACAGCGACAGUGUGUCCAGCAGUCCUCUGGAUGCUGAUGGAUCGCGCAGCGACUUCCAGCUAAACACCGCGGAGCAACAUAAGACAGAUGGUGGAGAAGACGAAAGCAGUGCUAGUAUUCACACAUCUCACCGGAGUUCGCCCUUGCACCCUAUCGAUGCCAACUCUCCCAUAUUGCAUCCAGGGGGGAAGCUUCACAGUUGCAAGCAAAUCUGUUACCGCAACACCUUCACAGGGCAACUGGAGGAGCGCGUAAUCCAGAUUCUUGCGAUUCACGAAAAUCCAGGGGUGUACCUGAUUCCCGAGCUGCUAACAGAUAGUGACUGCGCCCAUCUCCUACAACUCUGUGAGGGGCGUUGGGAACGCAGCAAGACGAGUACAGGAUACGCCACUGCCGAACCCCGCGACUACAUGUCGAAAAAGAGUCCAUCAAGAACCAGCUGGUCUGUUCCUCUUGCCAUUGGGGAAACCGGGGUCGUAGAGAAUAUCGAGAGAAUCGUAUCCGCGUUCGCGGGCAUGCCCGUGGAGCAUCUUGAGCCUCUUGCCGUCGUCCGGUACGAAGAGGGUCAGUACUUCAAACAGCACCAUGAUGGAGGCUUCCGACCCAAAACGGUUCUUCUGUACCUAAAUGACGUCGAAGCGGGAGGGGAAACGAGCUUCGAAACGCUGGGAUUCCGCGUCGCUCCAAUGAAGGGCGCCGGUGUCGUCUGGAGCAACUCGUAUCCCGGCACACAUGAGAUAGACCCGCGUCUCCUCCAUGCGGGGCUGCCCCCAGAAAGAGGCGUCAAGUUCGUUGUCAACUGCUUUUUUAACAAGGACCCAAUUCGCAACGAUCUUCCCUCUAUUGCGAAUUAG